AUGGGCGAAGAAACACAACUUCAACCACAAUCCCUAACCGGAACUCAAAUUGAAUCUCAAUCUCAGCCACAAGUGGAGGUUUCUUCCGAUAACAUCAUCUCCGCCACCACCGUCGUCGGAGUCGACGGUAUUAUCCCCGUUGAGUCCGAACUGAGCAAUGUCCCUCCACACACAAACUCACCGGCGACGAAAAUCCCCCUCCGUCCGAGAAAGAUUCGGAAAGUCUCUCCGGACCCGACGACUUCCGAAUCGCAAACCGAAAUCCCUAAACCGGUCAAUUCGUUCCCCGGCGGAAAAUCGAAUGGACGGAACAACAACAACAACAACAGAGCGGUUCAGCAACAGCGAGCCAUAGCGCUUCCGAGGAUUGUUGCUAGGUCACUUUCGUAUGAAGGUGAGGUUGAGAUGGCAAUUCGUUACCUUCGUACUGCAGACCCGCUGCUAUCUCCUCUCAUCGAUAUUCAUCAACCACCUACCUUUGAUAGUUUCCAUACUCCAUUUCUUGCCCUAACUCGGAGCAUUCUGUAUCAACAGCUCGCGUUUAAGGCCGGGACUUCGAUUUAUACGCGAUUUAUUGCUCUCUGUGGUGGUGAAGGCGGUGUUGUUCCUGAAACUGUUCUUGCUCUGAAUGCUCAACAGCUUCGGCAAAUUGGGGUUUCUGGGAGGAAGGCUAGUUAUCUUCAUGAUUUGGCUAGGAAGUAUCAGAAUGGGAUACUUUCUGAUUCCGCCAUUGUAAAUAUGGAUGAUAAGUCGCUUUUCACUAUGCUUACUAUGGUUAAUGGGAUUGGGUCUUGGUCUGUUCAUAUGUUUAUGAUAUUCUCGCUGCAUAGACCUGAUGUGCUUCCGAUUAAUGAUCUUGGUGUUCGGAAAGGGGUUCAGAUUCUUUAUAAUCUUGAUGACUUGCCUCGACCGUCUCAGAUGGAGCAGUUGUGUGAGAAGUGGAGGCCUUAUCGAUCUGUUGCUUCGUGGUAUAUGUGGAGGUUUGUUGAGGCUAAGGGAACUCCUUCGACGGCUGUGGCUGUUGCCACUGGGGCCGGCUUGCAGCAGCAUCAGAUGGAGCAUCACCACCAACAGCAGCAACAGCAGCAUCCUUCACAACAACAGAUUAUGGAUCCCAUGAAUAGCAUGUUUAAUAUUGGGGCUGCCUGUGCUUGGGGACAGUGA